UCUUACCAUCCUGUAGUUCACCGUGCAGCAGUUGGCGGGGGAUGCGGAGACCUUCCAUCCUCAUGACACAUCCCGUUCAACAGAGUUGGGCUUUAAGGAGUAUGGGGUUGAUUCUGAUGCAGUCUGCCCUCUCCAUGACUUCUGGGCUACUCUGCACUCCUUUCCCCGGAAGGCUUCUGCAUAUUCCAGAGUGCUUCGUUGCCAGUCUUUGUGGACGUGGCAGUUCGUCUGGAUUUUUCUGUAGGAAGACAUCCACGAUUGCUCUACCAUGUUGCGGUACCCGGGCCUUUACAUCAGAGGUCGAAACAAAACGUUUUCUCUUCUUUCUUCCCAUCAAGUCAGCAGGGUGUCGCGACCCAUUUCCUGACUGCAGACUUGAAGAGGAAAUAGCGAGGAAGUUAAUUACUGCUGUCUGUAAGGCAGGAGCAUGCAACUGGGAUCAGCGCCUGCACCCAAAACACCAGCCUCGCCAUACUUAUGGAUACGGAGAGGUACACCUCUAGAGGUCGCCACAGAAAAUUGAUGAAAGAACCCCCCAACGGGUCUCCGCUGUCACCCUGCAUUGUAGCACUUGCCUUGAUGACGUGUUCCCUUCAAACCGGAAGUCCCUGAAACUUUGCCGCUGCCCCGAGCACAGCAAUGUGUCUGGCCAUUGUGAAUGGGAGGAAAUUUUGGCCAGAGGACUUUUGGACGAAGGUGGACAGGUUGAGACGAGGUUUCAUGUAAAGAGCCAAGGAGGCCAGGGAUUGUAGGGUGUGGAAGACAGGACUGGAGGUGAGAAGGGAGGAAUGAGAGGAGAGGAGAACGAUAGACAGCGUGCUUGUGUGCUUUGCCAGCAUGCCUUUCUCGCUGCACUAAAGCAUAAAAGUGUAAAGAUUAAAGGGAUGAACUUUUAUGUAAUAAUUGUGUAAAGCUCAUUGUACGAUGUUUUUCCAAAUCACACACACUCUCUCUCUUACUUUCUCAAGACACGUGCUUCCAAACAUGCCUAUUCCAAACAGCCUAGAAUAAUUAUGGUCCCAGCUUUCCUCUUGGCUGUAUCUUUGACACUGUAUCUGUAUCCAUGUACAGUCCUGACGUCUGUGUUGUUGUUCGAGGCCUGGGGAUGUCUUCACGCAUGUCUCUCGAGAGAUUUCCUGCACUGAGCCUUUUUCCCGUCAUAGAACAUCUUUAAAAGUAAAUGUGCUCGUAAACAGUUUUCAAUUUUUCAAUACUUUAGCCUUACUGUACCCAUUUUCCCAAUUUUAAAGUGUGAGGUUUUGACCCAUAAAAAAGUAAUCCAACCUAAUCUUGUUACGUCCUCCUUUUUACCAUCUGUCGGAACGAAAGAUUAAAUAA